AUGUCCAGGAUUAAUAAAAGUGAUACGGGCACAUGUAUUCCAGAGAGUGGACUGUUUGGAUUUAUGAUUAGUGUGAGUGCUAUGUUAGGUGCAGCAACGAUGUAUGUACGAUAUAAGAUAGUCCUUGUACAAAAUUCUAGAUCUGCAUUUCUAUGUAGAUAUUUCAACAUAAUGUCUUUAGUAAUUGGAGUGAUUGGCUGCAUUGGAAUGGGCAUUGUAGCUUCCUUUCAGGAGACUUCCGUUACAAAGGUUCAUGAUAUAGGAGCCCUCCUGGCAUUUAUCUUUGGUGUCCUCUACAUUUCUCUGCAGUCUAUUAUCUCCUACAAGUCCUGUCCAGAAUGGAACCGAAGGGGGACCUGCUGCAUACGAAUGUUCAUUUCUCUACUAUCGAUACUUGCCGUAUUUCCCAUGAUAAUAUGUGCUUCAUUUGCUGGCAUUGGGACAUUUAAAUGUGAGCCUGGUGAAGAGCCAUCCCCAUAUCGCCAAGCAAGUGCUGUUUGCGAAUGGAUCGUAGCUUUUGGCUUUGUCACCUAUUUCCUUACAUUCAUCAAAGAUUUUCAGGCUAUAACUUUGACAAUUUCAACAGAACUUCAUGAUGAUUUUUGACUACAACCCUAUCACAGUGUUAUAGAUUGACUAAAUAUUCUAUAGUAAAUGUUAACCAGACUAACAAUGUAAUUGCUGCUGGUUUACAGUUCGCACUGCGCUGCACUGGAUGCAGAGACAUAAUAGUAUAACUAUUUGACCGCACCAUUUCAAUACAUUUUUUGUGUUUUAUAUAUAUUUUCAUAUCAAUAAAUCAAUUCAGGUUAAUGUUUUAUAAUGCUAUUAAUGAAAGCAAUAG